GGAGCUUCGUUAUUUGUUCGUUUCCAUUAAAAGUCGCACCUAAAACAGUAAUUACGAUUGAGGGUAAAUCAAAGGACCAAGGAAACCGAGCAGAUUACGAAGUUGAAACUUGAAAGCGGAUCGUCUCAGGGGCACUCUCGACAUUUUCUUCUUCCCUCCUCCCUAGUAUAUUUUUCUGCUAUGUGAUUAAAACUUAUUUCUGUUAAUACUCUCUAAAUAUCUACCCAGAAAAUAUACAUCUUUCACCAGACCUAGAUUUUCUCCAUAGGAAUAGAAUCGUUGUCAAAACCUCCUCGAUCUUCUUCGAUCAAACCUCGCUACCAUGGCUAAUGCAGCAUCAGGAAUGGCAGUGCACGAUGAGUGCAAACUGAAAUUUAUGGAGUUGAAAACUAAAAGGACACACCGUUUCAUAGUGUUCAAGAUCGAGGAGAAGCAAAAACAAGUGAUUGUGGAAAAGCUUGGCGAACCAACUGAAACCUACGAAGAUUUCACUGCAAACCUUCCUGCUGAGGAAUGUAGAUACGCAGUUUUUGAUUUUGACUUUGUGACAGCAGAGAAUGUCCAGAAGAGCAGGAUUUUCUUCAUUGCAUGGUGCCCGGACACUGCAAAGGUGAGGAGCAAAAUGAUCUAUGCUAGCUCCAAGGACAGGUUCAAGAGGGAGUUGGAUGGCAUUCAGGUGGAGCUGCAAGCAACUGAUCCAACCGAGAUGGAUCUCGACGUCUUCAAGAGUCGCGCUAAUUGAUCUUUAGGGUUGUGCCGAGCUCUUCGCAUUACUCGAGAGAGAUGUUAAUAGUUUGUGGGACUAAUGUCACUAUGGUACCUGCCUCAGCUAUAUCGUAUUCCUCUGUUGUUGAAGUUCCAAUUAUGUAGUAAUGUUUUUUUCUCUAGAACAAAAGCUCAUAUUAUUUGUUUUAUUCA